AUGUGUUGCGAGCCUUAUUACUUCCUUGAGAAUAUUAGUUUCCCGUUCAGCGUCUUUCAUUCAUUUACCGAGGGAAACGCAUGUCAACGACGCAGGGACAAUGUUCUACGGGCCUACCGUAGUGUGCUGUACAUGAGACAUAGGCUGUUGUCAAUGGACCUCUUGGGGUCAAUAUAUUUUAUGCUUAAAAGGUAG